AUGCACGCCAAGAUCGUUCUUACUGUCCUCUUCGCCGCCAUGGCGAUGGCCAACCCCGCUGUUCUGCAGUCCGAUUCCUCAGAGCACCCCAAGCUCGUUGGCCGUCCCAAGGGUAACCACCCCGGCUCUGGAGCUAGCUGCUGCUCGUCUACCCCUGGUGUCUGCCAGCCUUCAUGCGUUAAUUCAUAG